AUGGCAGCCGAGUCGGGCGACGCUUCUGCUGCCGCUGCUGUGUCGGGUACAGCGCCGGAAGUAGACCGGCAGCCUCAGCAGCCCCGGCAACAGCCGGACCAGGUCAAGGACGAGCAGCAGCAGUCAAAGACAGAGACGGCAGCCCCUGCCCCAGCUCCGGCCCAGGCAGCGGCCCCAGCAGCCGUCCCGGAAUCGACAGCUGCUGCUGCUGCCGAUGCGCCCACUGGCGAGAAGAAGCUCACCAAUGCCGAGCUGAAGAAGAAGGCCAAGGAGGAGAAGGCGGCGAGGCGAGCACAGGCCAAGGCAUCCUUGCAGUCGACACAGCCCUCCGGCUCCCAGGGAGCGGCCGGGGACGCAAAGGGUGCGAAGGGAGGGAAGCCUAAGCAGGACGGCAGCGGGCCGUCACAGAAGCUGGCCGUGCGACCGGCAGCGGGUUCCGCCGCUGCCGCUGCCGCCGCCGCCGCCGCCGCCGCCGCCGCCGUCGAGGCUGCGAAACCGGUCAUCCCAGAAUGCUUCAGCCAUCUCCCCGUCGCGAAGAGGAUAUCGCUCACCCAGGCUGACAAGGAUGUCCAUCCCGCCGUGCUCAUGGUCGGCCAGCACAUGGCAACCUUCAACGUGUCCGAUAGCACCACGCGAGUCGAGAUCACUCUCCUUGCUUUCAAGAAGGUCAUCAGCUCGUACACCACACCUCAGGGCACCACCUUCUCGCGACACUUCACGUCGCACGUCCUCAACCCCCAGGUCGAGUACCUGGCGGCAUGCCGCCCGAUGUGCUACUCGAUGGGUAACGCGGUGCGGUGGCUGAAGCUGCAGAUCAGCAAGGUGGACAUUGACCUGGCGGACUUUGAGGCACGCAAGCUCCUGUGCGAGGCCAUCGACGUCUUCAUCCGGGACCGCAUCCGGUUCGCGCGUCCACUCAUCUCCGGCUCGGUCACGGACCACCUGGGCGAGGAGGAGGUCAUCGUGACCUACGGACACCACCGCCUGGUCGAGCACGCCCUCGCCUUGGCCAGGUACAUGGGGCGCAACUACGCCAUCACCGUCCUCGACGACCCCUUUGACCGCACAGGCCUGGCCUUUGCCAAGCGCCUCUCGGCCAUCGGCUACGACAGGGUCACGUACGCGGCCGACCUGGGCGUGCUGCGCUCGCACCUCGCCGACGCCACCUGCGUCCUCGUCGGCGCCGAGUCCGUCUUCAGCAACGGCGCCCUGUACGCCCGCGCCGGCACCUGCGACGUCGCCAUUGCCGCCAGGGACGUCGGCGUCCACCUCACCGCCCUGUGCGAGGCCGUCAACUUCACCGACCGCGUCUCCGUCGACUCGCUCACCUACAACGAGAUCGACCCCGAGAGGUGCACCGAGCACGACUUCCGCCUCCUUUUCGACACCACCAGGCCUGAGUAUGUUGACUCUAUCGUCAAUGAGCUGGGCUACGAGACCUCUUCGUCUGUGGCGUCGUUGCUUAGGAAACUCGAGGUGAUUUAG